AUGCAGGUUUCCACGAUAGCUUUGAUGCAAUCGAUAACCUGCGCCACAUAAUAUUGAUAAUAUACAAUACUUUGCAACUUUUCCGCCGGUAAUUUUCUCAGAAAGUCCGGAUUAUGGCGCCUCCGGCUGCUCGCGCUCGCUACAUAGCCAACAAGGCGGACAACCAGAUUCUCUCAAAGAAACCGCCCAAAAGACCGGGCCUAAAUGGCAACAACAAGACGAAGGAAGCCACACCGGCCGGCAAAAAAAAGGAUAAGGAUGCUAAAAAGCGCAACCAACCCACAAGUGGUGGUCAAGAGAAGGGGCUUCCCAACCCCAUAAUGCCCAGUGUUCAGACCGCCUUCAAGACCUUCGUGAGCGCCCGGUUGUGCAGCGCCAUUUGGGCGUACAUAGCCGACUGCGACGAGACGUUCAACUACUGGGAGCCGCUGCACUACAUCAUUAAUGGCCAUGGACUCCAGACGUGGGAGUACAGCCCGCAGUUUGGACUCCGAUCGUACACCUACCUAUUGCUGCAGGGCGUGCCCGGAUACUUUUACCAAAAGUUGUUCAAUCCCAGUCCCAUACUCAUCUUCUACAUGGUGCGAUGUAUGUUGGGUUUCGGUUGUGCCGUAAUGGAGCGAUAUAUGUACAAGUCGAUUUGUCAAGAGUUUGGAAUUCACAUCGGUCGUCUGUGGCUGAUAUUCCAGCUCUUCAGUGUGGGCAUGUUUGUGUCUAGCACCGCUCUACUGCCAUCCUCCUUUUCCAUGUACUUUGGCUGUGCUGCCCUGGCCGCGUGGUGGCAACAAAAUUACUGUUUUGCCAUAUUCCUGACAGCAAUAUCCGCUUUGCUUGGUUGGCCAUUUGCUGCGCUUAUUGGCAUACCGCUGGUGCUGGAGAUGCUUUUAAGGCAGCGUGAUUGGAAGACCUUUGUUCAGUGGACACUGAUAUCGGGCGCCACGGUUGCCAUUCCCAUGAUUGCAAUUGAUACCAGCUAUUUUGGCAAACUGACAUUUGCUCCUCUAAAUAUUGUUUGGUACAAUGUGUUCACCAGUCACGGACCAAACAUAUUUGGUACGGAACCACUCAGUUACUACAUUAUCAAUGGUUUCCUUAACUUUAAUAUUAUUUGGCUCCUGGCACUUCAACUACCCAUAAUGCUGGUCAUAGACUAUUUGAUUGUGCCAGCCAAAUCAAAGUCGACGUUAAAUUUCCCCCACUACAUCUCGCUGGCUCCCCUGUACCUGUGGCUUCUCGUCUUUUUUGCCCAACCGCACAAGGAAGAGCGCUUUCUGUUUCCCAUAUAUCCUUUAAUCUCGCUUUGCGGAGCCAUCACUGUGGAUGUGUAUCAGCGCAUAUUCUUCCGUAUGAAAUCGGUGGUCUUCAAAAUUAAGGCGGGAGUUCAUUAUCUGGACCACAGCAUGUUUAUUGCCAUCUUGGUAAUGGUGACCAGCACAUUGUUGGGACUUUCCAGGGUGUUUGCCCUGUAUAGGAACUACCAUGCUCCGAUGGAUUUGAUGCUGGAACUGAACCAGUUUAAGGCGACACCGCAGUACGACCCGGAUGUAAUAUACAACGUGUGUAUUGGCAAAGAUUGGCAUCGAUAUCCGGGCAGCUUCUUCUUUCCCGCCAAAAACUUCCGGCUGCGUUUUCUGAAAUCCGAAUUCCGAGGCAUGCUGCCCGCGUACUAUGACGAAGGUCAAAAUGCUACUAAGGUAGUGCAACCGUAUUUUAACGAUCUCAACCAGGAAAAUGAGCACAUGUACUUUGACUACGACCGUUGCGAUUUCCUCGUCGACUUUGAUGAAGGCAAGUAUACGGCUCUGGAACCCAAUUAUUCAAAACGAUCCAAAGAUUGGUCGGUGAUGAAGAGUCUGCCCUUCCUCAUUCCGGAGAAGUCGCACAAAGUGUUACGUGCCUUCUAUGUGCCAUUCCUGACCGACAAUCACAUUCAGUACGGAGACUUUAAUCUGCUCAAGCGAAAGACGAAACGAAAUGGCAGGUAAAGGCAGGCCCAGAUAGAAAGAGUCUGGAUUCAUGCCACAAAAACUCCAAUGCAUAUGGGGUGGCUCUCUUAUUCUUUCAAAACAAAAAAAACGCAUUAAUCUUAAAGUAAUGCCAAGCAAAUAUGCUUAAGAAACUAUAGCUUCAAUUCAUAUUGAAUUUAUAGUGAUUUCCAAGUAUCUUACACCCCUGAGAGCCUCUGUCUGUAUUCCAAAUAAUCUUUCGUACCCAGCAUUGAAUUUGUAAUAUCCUAAUAUCUGUUCUAAGUCAGUGAAGCGUUUUUAAUUCACGUUAUUUUCGUUUUGUCCAUGCCAAAGUUGUGAAGAUCACCAGAAUCGAAGUAGAACAUAAGCGUCAAGAAUAUAAACAACGAGAUUCGU